CGCAUCCUCUGAUUCACUACCCCACCGUGAAACGACGGCAGACCUGUAGCUAGAGGCGAGUGCGCGUAUGAAUGUCCUCGGCUUGUCAUGCUGCUAGACGAGCCUUCUGCCGCUUGGCAUGCAAUUCUGCAGUUGUCUUCCCGCCCACAAGGCGAUGUGGACUAUGCCGCAGAAACAUCCGCUCGAUCGUAUCCGUUGCACAUAGCCUGGCGGGGUCUGACCUCAAGCCGCUGGAGUCCAGGUCAUCGCCCACCACUAUCCCAGCCCCGAAGGAACCGCGACCAGCUGUGCCUGCACCGCGUAUAUCUGACGCCGAAAUAGAGGCACGCCUAGCUGCCGCUUCUCGAUGGCAAGGGAAAUCGGUAGCCGUCAGGUUGCACGAUCAAUACAAGAAGUUGGGCUACGUAACACUCAGCGAACGCUCUUUGCUCUCCUGAGCGGAAGGAUAGACAGACAGUUGUUGAAGUACUACGAGAAGGCACUCGACUUCAAGGCUGAUGCCACCGUAUGGGCGAUGCUGGUCUGCAAUGCCUCCACGAAGCUUGACGCUGCUGCUACGGUCGCCAUUUAUACCGCAGCUCUGUUCAACGGUAUUCGCCCGACGAAUGCGCUGCUGCACCCGGUUCUGCGCGCCCUAUGCUCUGGGAGUCUUCGGCCGCCGAGCGAAGAGUCUAUUGAUCAUGCCAUUAAACUAUAUAAAGACUUUAUCGAGGCGAAUCCUGUGUCGGAGUCGGUACCCGUCGAUGGCGAUGCGUAUGACACAGCGCAGAACCAAGUAGAGGGUUCUCCCUCAGCUGGUGGCGUCACCACUCCCGAUACCGCCAUCUACAACACUCUUCUACGCGCGUUGGCAUCCUCCUCGAAUAUCAAGAAAUACUUCCCCAUCGCAUUGUCGCUGUUCGAGGAUUUACGAUCCCGCGGCGUUGCUGCUGACGCGAUGACAUCGACGUCGCUCAUCGUUCUCCUCAUGCGCACCUCUCCAACAUACGAAGAGGCUUUCAGGGUCUACCGGACCUUUGGCCAGUCUAAGGACGGGAAACUUCGUCUCGACGGAGAAGGAUACAACGUUGUCCUGAACACCUUUUGCAAUAGAGUUAAGCUGUCCGACACACGCAUUCCUCCAGCCCAUCUCUUCUUCGAAAUCGUCAAGGACAUGCGCGCCGCUGGCCACCCAGUUUCGGCCAAGGUCUACACCUUGAUACUGAAGCGGCUGGCCACCCUCGCUAUCAGGACUCACAUCGACGUUCCUGCGGAGGAUCGCCAGGCGGAGCUGGCGCGAUUGGCCGAGCAAGUCAAGCGUGUACAGGAAGUGCUCCUUCUCGACCCACUCACGCCCGAUACCGCGCUAUGGAACCAGUUAAUGGACACGUACCAGCGCGCGCAAUGUUUCGAGGAUGCAAUGGCCGUCUGGGAGAUAUUGUAUCGUUCGUCGCGGCUCGACAAUGCCAGUGUCAGCGUUAUCCUGGACGCCUGCUCGUACGCCAAUGCGUAUGGCAUCGCGACGAAGAUCUGGGGCAAGCUCAUAGAAUCGCGUUUUCCGCUCAACCUGCAUAAUUGGAGGACAUGGCUGGAGUGUCUAUGUCGUAUGGGCAAGAUAGAAGAGGCAUCGAAGAUUCUGUGUCUGGAGAUGGGGAAGGGGAGGGAGCAUGUGGCAUAGCACCGGACGUCGAGUGCGCACGUAUUAUCCUUUCCUUUGCGUCGAGCAAAACCGAGGAGGGGAGAAUCUUGAUGCACAUCAAGCAGUACCAGCCUAGAGUAUGGGGGAAGCUUUGACCACGUAUCCCUGCAGUUGAACUAAGU